CAAACACUUCCGCUUUCCGCUGUUCCCUCCUCUCUCCCUACACCUGCAACCUGUCCCGGGGCUGUGCUAGGAGCCAGCUGGAGGCUCUGGGGAAGUGACUGGGCUGGGAGCUUGGAAAAAAGAAAUGAUCCAACAAGGAAAAAACAAGUGAAAGAGGAGCAGAAGCCAGUGGGGAGCCAUCCUACCUGUGCAGCAGGACCUGAGCACACAGCAGCAGGUUUUCCCAUACUGCUCAGCCGUCACCUCCCAGGGAAGAUGAGCAUUUCGUCAGAGCACAAGCCCCUUGGGAAGCAGGUCACUGGCAGUCUGCAUACGUUGUCACCAAUCGUGGAGUUAAAUGUUGGCGGGGAGAUGUACACAACAACGCUGAGCACCUUAAAGAAACACCCUGGCUCCAAGCUGGCUGAGAUGUUCACUGGCCAGCCCAAACUCAGGACUGACUCCGAAGGGAGGUUCUUCAUUGACAGGCCAGGCACCUAUUUCAAAUACAUCCUGGAGUACCUGCGCAGUAACCAAGUGCCCACCCAGUGCAUCCAAGAUGUCUACAAGGAGGCAUUGUUCUACAACAUUGAGCCCCUAAUCAAGCAGCUAGAGGACUCUCCGCAGAUCUUUGGGGAGCUCGUGGCGAGAAAGCAGUUUCUGGCCCACGUGCCCAGCUACAGUGAGAACAUUGAACUGAUGAUCCGCAUUGCAAGGGCGGAAGCGGUUGCAUCCCGACGGUCCAGCGUCAUUGUGUGUGUGGUCAGAACUGAGGAGGAUGCAGCCAAAUGUCAGGAUGCCUUGAACAGCUUGGACAUGGAUAAAAAAUCUGUGGUGAAGUUUGGCCCCUGGAAGGCAGCACCAAGUAUCUUUGAUCUGCUGGACUGCAUUCAAAUGGAUGUUGAAGCCAAAGGGUAUAAAAUAUCCUUUCAGCCCCACGCUGCUGAAAAAGGGUUUCGCUUCAAAUCGCAUGACUACUUCUACAAGUUCCUGUUCACCUGGUGGUAGCGAAGUGCCACCAUCGAUGAGGGAUGGAAGAAAGCAAUUAUUAGAACAAAUUAACUUGGGCCAUGGAGACCAAGCCAUGGACUACCAGAGGCAUGGGAAGAAAGGAUCUCCUUUGGUUGUUUGCCAAAUUAAAGAGCACUUAAGAACCACUGUUUACUUAGCCUCAAGGGGAUAACUGUGUGAUUUAAAAGGUAUGGGGUAAAGGAGGAAUUUUACUCUUUCAGAGUUGUUGACAAUGAGAUAAGUUCAGAGCACCAGAUCUGAGGAUCAAGCCAAACUCACUGAACCUAAGAGAAAUGAAUAAUUCCAAAUAUGCCUUGUGGAUGUGUGGAGCUGGUCUCUCAGUGAAACGGGAACAGGUCACAGGAACACUGUCAGAUGCAUUAGCACAUGCUCAAAUUAAAUUUGGACCCCCAACAAGAAGGCAAAAACUCUUUUUCUCACUGUUUUCCAUAACAGGACUGAGGUAAAAAAGAAAGAUUUCAGUGUCACCUUCUCUCCUCUUGUUCCUCCAACAGACAGACCACUCUCUAGCCAAUAUAUUUAUUACUGUUAUUUAUUAUUUAUUCUGAAGGAAAGACAGAGAACCUCAGCUAUGGCCCAGGAUCAACAAAAGGUAAAAAUACCAUCACUGAUCUGAGGAGUUUAUAAUCUAAGCACAUGAUACCUCAGGCCACGCUAGUUUAAUCUUUUUCUCAUGACAUUUGUUGUAAUUAUGAUACUAUUUCUAAAUAUAUAAGCUUUUGGAAAAAUAGAGAAAACUUACUGCUAUUCGAUAGGAAGGAAGCGCUUUCAAACUGGUGGUGUUGGACCUCCAUGCAAAUUCUCAUUUACAGACCACCAGUUGAGUCCUACAUUGUAUUUUAUAAAUCUUAGUAUUCACAAUGGGGUUUUUUUUAAUAUACUGGGGAUGGUCAUUAGCUUGGUUUUAAACAUGCUGAAAAUCAUAAUGGCUAAUUUGAUUAUGAUGAUAUUUCCUUUAUUUCUCAGAACAUAGCUUUCUUCCAGUUAAGGACAAUAACCUCUGCAAUGUUAAAUAAAUAACUUUAAAAAGCUCUUUGAGUGAUACAGAAAUGUUUUAUUCACUGACGCCUUCACCUCCACUCCGCGACCCAAAAUCCCCAAAUUCUAAAGACCUAAGAUUUAUCUAUGUGUUACUGGAUCUGAAUCAUUCCUAAUUAAGCUUAGUUUCAGAUAUGCUCAUCCUAGCACAGAUUUCCCCCCGGUGAAAGUCAGGAGACAUACCACCAACCUCAGGACAGCUCUGCUGUAGGUGUGAGGUGACUCUUUGAGACGUCCUGCAGUUCUAACCUUGGUAAGAAGUGAUACAAUCAGAGUCUGAGAAGGCAAAACCAUUUUACAAAAUAGGGUCUAUGGUCAUAUCUAUGAUCAUAACCAAGUUGUUGCGGGUGCUUAGCCUGGAAGAAGAGAGAUCAAGGUGUCUUCAAAUAGACAGAAGGCUUUAAGGACAUCAGUUAUUCUUUGUAUGUACUAAGAGUGGAAGAAGGGGCAACUAGCUUAAGUCACAACAAAGAAAGAAGAUUGAAAUUAGAUAUCAGGUAAAAAAAAUCUGAUUAUAGGGUAAUUAAAGCCUCCAAUCAACCCCCUAAAAAUACAGAACUGUUGUCAUGAGAAACUUUAAUAGUUUUAUCAAGGACGGUCUUACAGAAUAGCCCAGAAUGUAAGGCACCUCAAAGGAUCACCUGGUCCAACUUCUGGUGGGAAAGGGAGUCCGGAUGAGACUGCCAAGUACCCUGUACCAUCACAUCCUGAAAACCCACACUGAUG